GGCAGUGGUGCCGCUCUGACUAGCAAGCGCGGACGUGCAACAUGACGACCAGUGCCGGAAUAACCUGUCUACUCGCCUGCGUUGCUUUUGUCAACGCUGGCAUCCUGCUCGAGCAUGCGCCUGAGUGUCCGGAACACUACGGUGUGCAGGCGUACGCGCACCCUGAACUGUGCGACCAGUUCUUCCUCUGCACCAACGGCACCCUGACGGUGGAAACCUGCGAGAACGGCCUGCUGUUUGACGGCAAGGGCGCUGUGCACAACCACUGCAACUACCAUUGGGCCGUUGACUGCGGGCACAGGAAAGCUGACUGUGAGUAUCACGUGCUUGGUUCCUACUCUUCUCCGGGCUGCGAGUUCCAGUUCGGCAUCUACCCCGACAGCGAGGAAUGCUCCACCAGCUACGUCAAGUGCGCCUUUGGCAUCCCCGAGCAGGAGCCCUGCACCCCCGGCCUGGUGUACGACCACCGCACGCAUGGGUGCAACUGGCCCGAUCUGCUGCAGCCGUUCUGUAACCCUGAAGCGGUCAUCGGCUUCAAGUGCCCGACGAAAGUGCCCGCCAACACGCAAUCCGCCAAGUUCUGGCCCUUCCCCCGUUUCCCGGUGCCCGGCGACUGCCACCGCCUGAUCACCUGCGUGGAGGGCCAGCCGCGACUUAUCACCUGCGAGGAGGGCAAGGUGUUCGACGACCAGAACCUGACCUGUGAGGAUCCCGAGCUGGUGCCGCACUGCGGACAUGCGUGAUUGCGUCAUGAUUGUGUUGCGAAACGAAAAAACUUUUCUUCUUUCUGCCGAGCGAAAUUGUCAAGUAAAGUCAAAUUGCUACAUAUUAUAAGUUUAAGUGCAUCCUCUCCAAAACAUGUACACACUUUUUUUAUCCAAAUAAAAAUGUAAUAUUUACUUUGCGUCAACUAUAAAAUAAAAUUGAAUCUAAAUUUGAACUAAAACUAAAAAAAAUCGUAAAACGCCUGCGCCAAAUCUUGAGAUUAGUUGUCAAAGCGGACCCCAGACUCCCAUGAGCCGUGGCAAUUGCGGGGAUAACGCAAAGAGGAUGAUGAUGAAUCUAAAAUUGAACUACAAAUUAAAGUAAAAUAUGACUUGCCUUUCUACGAGAGUACUCGUCGUAGCUAACUAUCUUCAAUUUCAUGACUUUCAUGAGUUCUUUACGAAACAGUGCCAAAAGUCCAAAGUGACGUUUCUCGUGCGUGAUUUUCGUUUUGCAAUGUGGUUAUUUCUAGCAAUUAAUUUUAAUUCACCGUCCAUUUAUUAGUAAUUUUAAUACGUGAGAACGUCUUAUAAAAUUACGACAAACAAUUGACUUUUUUACUGAACCCUAUUUAUUUCCAUAAUAAAAAUGGUAAAAGUUACCUAUGAAUUUUCCUAAAACUUGUAUGUUACCCGUAACAAAGUUGCCAAAUGCAGAUAAUUCGUGAUAUUAGUUACCGUAGAUAUAUAUGUUUUUUACGUCAAAGUUUAUAUGUAUUUAUCAUGUACACUUCUGUAAAUAGAUCAGCAAAAAGAUGGAUUUGUAAAUAGGAAAAUAAAAUAUCUAAAUAUA